AUGGAGCACCAGAGAAAACUGCAGGAGAUCCACAGACUCAAACAACUGCUGGAUCUACUGAUGGUGGACCUACAACUGGCCCACGAAGAAAGAUGUAAACAGAAGCAAAUAGAGAUGGAAGAGGAAGAACGAGAGAAGGAGAAAGAGAGACAGAGAGAGAUUGAAAGAGAGCAUGAAGAAGAAAGAAGUAAACAGAAGCAAAUAGAGAUGGAAGAGGAAGAAAGAGAAGAAGAGAGACAGAGAGAGAUGGGUGAGAAAGAGAGACGACAACAACAAGAGGAGAGAAAGAGAAAGUUUGAGAGAGAUCAAGAAGAAGAUAUAUGGAAACAGAAGCAAAUUGACAUGGAGAAGGAGGGAAGAGAGAGGGAGAACAAGAGACAGAGAGAGAUAGAAGAGAUACAGAGACGACAACAACAAGAGGAGAGACAGAAACAAAAGGAGAAGGAGAAAGAAAGGGAGAAAGACAAUGAGAAUCAGAGAGAAAUGGAAUUAAAAGAUCAGCAACAGAAAGAGAUGGAGAGAGAAAAUAUGAUUAUGAGAGAAAGGGAGGAAGCAGGAAGAAGAAACGAGGGGCAGAAAAAUAUUUUGGGGGAAGUUGAGGGACAGAAUGAACUGGAGUAG